UGAAGUCUAAACUGAGAGUGUGGUCAUUUGAUAUAUUUGUAUAGAUAUUUUUUGCAGACCAAUCAGAGCUAAGUCAAACAUUUUGAUGACAUGGACAAAAGAAGCAUCCUGUUUUCUGCACAGUAUAUAAUAAUGCUGCAUUAACAUUCUCUUUUACAAAACAGUUCUCCUGAUACGGACUUCUUUAACCCUCUCUGAUCCAAGGAAAACCAGUGAGACCAUUAUCAGAAUGGAUUUAAUGGACACUGAUGACACGUGUGUAGAUAAGAAACUCACACUGGAUGACACGUGUGUAGAUAAGAAACUCACACUGGACGGCGUGGUCACUGAAGGUGAAACACCGGCACUCACCCUGGUCCACACUGACACGCCCGUCCAGAGAAAAAGGAUUUCGCCUUUUGACACGGUGGAUUGCCAGAAAAAAAAGCUGACCUCUAGAUAUGUGACUGUAUGUCUCGGCGUACUGUGUGCUGUCCUGCUGGCUGGUAACAUAGGACAGCUUGUCUACUAUGCCAGCCACCGCUCGUCGGCAGAACGCCUGCAGAGCAGUUAUGAUGCUCUAACUGCAAACCGAAAACAGUUGGAGGCCAGACUGAGUGACCUGACCAGAGAAAAAGACCAGCUGCAGAGAGACAAAGAACAACUGCAAACCAGUGAUAAAACUCUGCGGCAGGAGAAACAGCAGUUACAGACCAGUUACAUUGAAUUGGCAUCAAGUUGCCUCAACAUGACCACACACUUCCAGAACAAGAUGUUGAGGACGGCGGUUCAAGUAAGAAGCUUGCCCUGUCAGACCGGCUGGACGAAGUUCGGUGACAACUGUUACAUUGUUUCAACCGAGAAGAAAAACUGGACGGCAAGCAGAGACGCCUGCAGCGCUGUGGGAGCAGAUCUGGUCACCAUAAAAAGCAGCGAAGAACAGGCAUUUGUCAAUGGGAUCAUGCCAUCAGGCCUCAACGCCUGGAUCGGCAUGACUGACAGUCGUAAAGAGGGGACGUGGAUGUGGGUGGACGGGACCCUGGUCAACACGACGCACUGGCAGAAAGACCAGCCCAACAGUCAUGGCGGGGAACAGGACUGUGGAGAAAUUGUCCAGGAAUCACCGGGAGUGGGAGGAUGGAAUGAUGAUGGCUGCUUUGCUGACCAGAGCUAUAUAUGCGAGCAAUGACAUCACUAUUAUGUACACAUUUAACAAUGUGAUGCAGACUUUAAAAAGUAAAUGAAACCUAAGAUGGCGUUAUUUUGCUCUCUGCAACUUAAAAUAUGAAUAUUUUCUUAGAAACAUAAAAGAAUGGGUGCAAAGGUCACACACUAAUGAUCAGCUAUGCAUUUAUUAGUACAUCUUACUAUAUGAUGACGAAAACUCUGUCUGUGGGUCUGUCUGUGGGUGUGUCUGUUCCACGUUUUUCUCCUCACUGACUUGGUCAAUCCAUGUGAAAUUUGGCACAGUGGCAGAGGGUCAUGGGAGGAUGUGAAUGAAGCAAUAUUACAUCAAUUGGCCAAAGGGGGGCGCUAUAGCAACCCAUUGAAAUGGCAAACUUUGAAUGGGCAUAUCUUAUGCCCCGUAUGUCGUAGAGACAUGAAACUUUGCACAGAGAUGCCUCUCCUCAUGAGGAACACAUUUGCCUCAAGAACCCAUAACUUCCGGUUAUAUAGAUUUUCUGCCAUUUUGAACUUUUUGAAAAACACUUCAAAUGGAUCUCUUCCUAGGAAGUUUGAGCGAUCUGCAUGAAACUGGGUGAACAUAAUCUAGGGACCAAUAUCUAAAGUUCCCUCUUGGCAAAAGUUGGAAAACUUACUAAAACUGAGCUUCUAUAAGGCAAUGAAUAUUGCGGAGGGCGUGGCUCAUCACAUAAAGGUGUAGAACAUCUCAAGGGUUUCACCCAUCACCACGCAACUUUGUAGGCAUAUGACCACACAUAAUCAAACAAAAUGGGGGCGCUAGAGAGCUAAUUUCUUAUCUAGGCCUAACCGCCAUAUGGAUUUUUACUAAACUUGGUAGAUAUGUAGAACAGGACGCCUCGAGGUGACUGGAGAAAUUUAACUCUAAUUGGCAACUGGGUGGCGCUAUAACAACAGAAAAAUGCUUAAAAUGGCUAAAAUGUGACCGAUCGCUGUGGCUCCCCCUGUGGACCAAUGUUGGUGUUUUUUGUCUAAUUUUUGGUAUGACUAAGUCAUGGUAUGGUAUGCUGUACAUAAUCACGGACACUGUCAGUGUGUCAUUCUGUCAGUCAGUCAUUCUGUCUGUCCCACGUUUUUCUACUCACUGACGUGGUCAGUCAUAGGCAUAGGUAGAAAAUGACAAAGCUACCAAUGGGUAUGGACUAGUAUAUUAAAAUGCUAAAAAAUUGACUCUGCAACAAAACAAUAUGAUUUUGAUAGAAAUGUAAAAGGAUGGGUUCGAAUGUUAUUUGUUUUUGUUUCCUGUCAUGUGUGCUGUUUUAUUAAUGCAGCCUCCAGUGUAUUCUGGCAUUUUUAUGAUAUUUCAUAUAGUUCUGAGUCAUGUCCUGACAAUGCUGUUUAGCCACACUGUUCAGUUGCCUACGUAGGGCAACAAAAAGUUUAUCUUUGGUGUGUUGGUACAAUGGACAACCAAGACAGGUCGGCAGAAGAGAUACCUGCACACCAAUGCAACUGGGCUGGACAGCCACAUAUAAUGUUCACAGUCUGAGAUCAGUGCCAAAAAUGUCAGUUUAUUUAAAAGGGCGCUGAAAGUGCAACAGAUAAUUUUUAAAAAGUGAGCAGCAAACUGCUCCUGACAUGAGUGCUUCACAGACAGGUGCAGACACAGACAGAUUCCUACCAGGUGUGAUGAAUCAGUCAGCUGGUGCCACUAAUUAGAUGAGAUCAUCUCUGAGGAGCUGAGGCCUGACUCCCAAACCACAAUGACCUGUCCUAUGAGUAUUAUACUAAUCACAACAUCCUCAAACACCAGUGUAUGACAGCAGAACAUAAUGUACAAAAAAUACAACUAUACACAGAAUAACAAAGAAGCUGGUACACGCAUAUGUCUGUAAAACGCAGGACAAAUUGUUUCAAUCAAGGCUGAACUUUCAUGCUCAUAAACAACAAUGUCCUUGACUUUAAGCUUUUCUCAAUUGAUGAUUGAAUUGAUUUUCUGUAGUCACGACUCUGACAGCAAAAUGUGGAAAACUGCCACUCUUUUCUUUUUUAAUACUUAAAAAAAACUCAACACAGUACAGGAGGAUUGGGAAUGUCAAACUGAGCAGAAUAAAUUAUUAAUGCUGUAAAUGUGGCAAACUGCAAUGGGUAAAAACAAAAAAUGCAUAAAAUUACAGUGAGGGUAGAAGUUGGACAAAGUAUAAUUUAAGAUAGGAGAAAACCUACAGUAGUAGAUUUUCAAAUCGGGUGGAGAGCAACACUGAAAUAACCACAGAGUCCAGGUUAAGCUAAAAAAAAAAAUUUUAUUACAAAAAUGAAAAUAGUUACAGUAUUAAAAAUCCACUAGUGGUGUAAAUAAGACCCUUGGGUCCUGUUUAUACAACAAUGAUUUCAACCGAGAGACUUUACGCACGUGGUCAUUACGGUUCCAGUCACUCGGCAUGCGCGAGAAAGUUGACCAUCACAACAACAAUGGCGGACUCCCGAGCUCUGUUUGUGCGGCUCACAAUGUUGAAAUCAUCAACGCUUCUCCGGCAAAGUGUAGCUUUACUGUAGCAACUCCACCUCAUCGUCCGUCAGUGGGUUGUUUUUGUGUAAACAUGGCCUUAAAGACGAUACAUUAAAAUACUAUUUUCUAAAAACAAAACAAUAAUCAUAAAAGAUAUUAAAGGCCCAGGUAUAAUUGUUCUUGAAUAUGUCCGAGGAAGCAGCACGAAGAAUAAAACAAUCAAGUUCAGCAGAGUUAUCUGGCAGAAGGCUCUGGCCAAGACGGCAUUGUGGUGCCGUAGCUCCACUCCUCCGCGUCAGAAGCCCGCACGUGCACGGGCAACCUGUAUUAAAGACAGCUGGCAGUCACAUGUCAAGGUGGAAGAUACUCACGUGAUAGCUAAGACGCCAUGGUGCUAUGGCCGCUGGUCACUGCUCUGCACCAGCUUCUCUCGGUGGACCACCAAUGGAUAGACUGCCGACCGCUGUGCUGCUUCCAACACGGCGCCGUCUCGCUGCUGUCCCCUGGUGCUGCUUCCUCUGUGCCAGUUUGAGUGCUCCCUCGAGACAUCCUCUCGGCUUUUCUCUCUGGCUGUCCUCCCCGAUCCGACACACCUGGCCUCUGUAUGUCUGCACCUUUGUCGCUGAAGCCCUCCCCUCUCCGCAACCUCAUUGGUUGCUAUCCAACACUGUCUUAUCUGGUUGGGUGGCUGCAUUGUCCAUCUGUAAAAGACUUUCUGCCAGGUGCAGGUUCUUUGGCACUAAUGAAGCGGGACCACAGGGGAAUCAAAAUUUACUAAAAUCACAACAACCAUAUGAUUAUAAAAUAAAGCAGUAAAACCAGGCACAAUAAAAACAACCAAGAUAAAGCACACACACACACACACACACACACACACACACACACACACAAAAGAUAAAACACAAUAAAACUAGCACUCCCACCUUGUGUUAAUUACAACCGUACAAAAACAACCUCAGCCUCCAAAAUAACUGAAGACUUAAAUCAGUGUCUUUUUGAUGAAGAGCAACAGAAAGUGAACACAAAGUAGGACGGGUUGUAUUUAUUGCAGAGCUGUUGCGUUGUGUUGCAUCAUAUCCUACAGGUGUUGCUCCUACUGCGUCCACCUCGGCUCGUCACCCCGCUGCGACAGAUGACAAUAACACACUAACACACACACAGUGCUGAUAAUUCUCCCUGAAGCUGCACCAGACUACAUGUUACAUAACACAGCGUCAGGCGAAGACGCAGCACGUCCUAGAAUCACUACCAUGUGAGCCGUAUACAGGGCAGAUGUAUUUAGCGGGCAGAGACACCAUGCUCUGGCAUGUGGCUCAUUUUGGGUGUGGUGGCGGUUGCAUUGAGUGCGGCUGCUCUUGAAGGGGGCAUCUCAACCAUUAAUUGGACUUAAGCCUUUUCAUUCCCCUCAGAGAUGAGUCCGAUCCAAACCAUCUGUGGUCGGGUGGUGAGAUGGGGCUCCCCCCCCGGGACGUAGGCGGGUGAUGAGGUUUUGCUUUGGGCCGCCUGACUAAAAAUAAAAGAUCAAGGAGCUUGAAGCAGACAUGUUGGUCUGGUUAGACUCACAGAGCAGAAAAAAAGGGUUUUAAAAACAGUAAAAAGGGUGUUGCAUGUGACCUAAUAGAGUUAAAUAAAUUAGGUUUACAGUGCAUAGCAACACAAGAGCAAACUGAGUGGCCAUAUUAAACAUUUUAAAGUGAUUUCUCUUUACUUUAUGUGACGAAAUAUAAACUGUAAUACUGCAGUUCUUAUAUGUACUUUUUAAUUUUUCAUAACAUAAGAAAAGUGUGGACAUAUUUAUAAAAGCAUCUAUGCUACUAGACAUAAUAGUUUUGAGUGGAUCUUUAGGCUGCUUUAUCCAGAUACCUGAAACACACUAUAUUUAAGGUUAACCGGACGAAGAACAGUAAAGGAACAAAAAACAUCUAAAGCAAAGAUGGCUUUAACUUCUACUGUUCCUCCACACACAGAAUGAAUGUCAUCAGUGUGACUGGAUUUCAUUUUUUUUGUAUAGUUCCCUCUAUAUUCCCAGAGACAGGUGGAAUCCAUUUUAGUUAAAACAAAAUACAUUUCCACCACAUGUCACAGUCCUUUUUUUCUUUCAAUUUUUUUUUAAUUCAAACAAUAGCAGGGUGAUGCAAUACAAAAACCCACAAUGAAGACAAACCUAAUCGUAACCACAAAGUCAGAACAAACACUUGUUGUGUUAUUGGGAGCCAGAAUAGAAGGAGUCAUGGCUCAAAACCAGCCGCCACUGCCCGUCAACAAAAACAAAGAUGGUUAAAUGUGAUAAGACCAAAGGACUGGACGGAGGCCAUCAUCAUGUGCAGCGCAAAGUAUUCCUGUUUUAGAGAUGAAUAACGUUGUGUGUAUUAAGGGUUAUCAUGUCCACCUCAUCAGAAACUGGGGAGGGAUUAAGAGGAAUAUUGGAUUUCUCUGGAACGCUAACUUUGUAGCGCAUUAGCUAACGUUAGCUUCCAUAGCAAAACAAACUGGAGGAAACUGUUCAAAUGUGGUCCUCCUUUGUAAGAUUGGCUUCCUGUGACAUCAUCCAUCCACUGAAUGAGAGCAUACGGGUCGGCCAGUCUGGUCCCGUUGGUCAGUGUUUACUUAUUCAAGUAACAUUGGCGGUCCCGGAGAGUGAGUGACCUGACAUGGUGUGUUGGUAAAUUCAGUCUGACGCUCUACACUAAAAUGAGAGCCCUGUUGGUGGAAGAAACAGAGCGUUAUAUUUCUAGAUGAAUUAACAAAUGGUUAAGUUAAUCACACAUUCACUUCACUCGGCGCUCUGCUGCUCUGUGUGCGGUGCUCUCGAUAACCAAAAAGCCCAGAUAGCACACAAACAUCUGUCCAACACAUCGGCCCUUAAUUUAUAUCAUCUGACAAGCUUCGGGCAGAAUUGGCAGAAAAUAGCAAUGUUGUUUAUUCUGUGACUGUUAAAAGAGGUUCCUGGUGAGUGGUGAGGCACGACUGGGUGUAUAGCUUAGCACAGGUCCCCACCAGCUAAAGUUAUCUUCCGUUUGCUGUUAGCUAGUUUAGCUCAUGUUAGCUAACAUGCUACAUCUGUGGUGUCUUCAUUUUAUUUUCCCUAGUUGACGUUGUCUGCUUAUCUGGUUAUUGUGAGCACUCGUUUUGGGUUUGAGUUCUGGCUAAAAGACAGCUAAAAUGCUAAAAAAUAAAUAGAUAAAUAAAAAAAAUACAGUGGUG